AUGGAUGGGAUAACCAUAACCCUAACCAUGGACCACCUAACUGAUAGACCACCCAGUGGCGCCGCCGUAAAUAGCGCUGAUCGGAACGGAAUGCGUCGGAUGAGAAGAUGGAAUAAUCGAAAUGAAGAAAGACAUUGUUUCGUACCAUAUGGUGCACAUCAUAUGUUAUGUGAAGUUACUCUGCANUAUCGUUUCUGGUCAUCCUCUGAAGAAGACGUGCUUUCCACUGGUCGGGGAGUACAAGCCACGACGUCAACUUCGGGUGAACUGCACGACGAACAACCAGAAGCCGUCUCUUCACCACGACAACUGGUUGGUGAGAAAUCUGUAAAGCGCGCAUUCUGUUGA